AUGGCGGCUGAGAAGCAAGUCCCGGGUGGCGGCGGCGGCGGUGGCGGCGGCGGCGGCGGCAGUGGCGGCGCCGGUGGCGGCGGAAGUGGCGGUGGACGCGGAGGAGAGGAAAAUAAGGAGAACGAACGCCCUUCGGCCGGAUCGAAGGCAAACAAGGAGUUCGGAGACAGCCUGAGUUUGGAGAUUCUUCAGAUUAUUAAGGAAUCCCAGCAGCAGCAUGGCUUACGGCAUGGAGACUUUCAGAGGUACAGGGGCUACUGUUCCCGCAGGCAAAGACGUCUCCGGAAAACACUCAACUUUAAAAUGGGGAACAGACACAAAUUCACAGGGAAAAAAGUAACUGAAGAUCUUCUGACUGAUAAUAGAUAUUUGCUGCUGGUCCUGAUGGAUGCUGAAAGAGCCUGGAGCUAUGCCAUGCAGCUCAAACAGGAAGCCAACACUGAACCUCGGAAACGGUUUCACUUGCUCUCUCGACUUCGUAAAGCCGUGAAGCAUGCAGAAGAAUUAGAACGCUUGUGUGAGAGCAAUCGUGUGGAUGCCAAGACCAAGUUAGAGGCUCAGGCUUACACAGCUUACCUCUCAGGAAUGCUGCGCUUUGAACAUCAAGAAUGGAAAGCUGCCAUUGAAGCUUUUAACAAAUGCAAGACCAUCUAUGAGAAGCUGGCCAGUGCUUUCACAGAGGAACAGGCUGUGCUCUAUAACCAGCGCGUGGAGGAAAUCUCGCCCAACAUCCGCUACUGUGCAUAUAAUAUUGGGGACCAGUCGGCUAUCAAUGAACUCAUGCAGAUGAGAUUGAGAUCUGGGGGUACUGAGGGUCUCCUUGCUGAAAAACUAGAGGCCUUAAUCACUCAGACUCGAGCUAAGCAGGCAGCUACCAUGAGCGAAGUGGAAUGGAGAGGGAGAACAGUCCCAGUGAAGAUCGACAAAGUGAGGAUCUUUUUAUUGGGACUGGCUGACAACGAAGCAGCCGUCGCCCAGAAACAGAGAGAUUAUACCCUUGAAGGAGAGUCGGGGAAGGUAUCUAAUCUCCAAUACCUGCACAGCUACCUGACCUACAUCAAGCUGUCGACAGCGAUCAAGCGUAAUGAGAAUAUGGCUAAAGGUCUGCAGAAGGCGCUGCUGCAGCAGCCGCCGGAAGAUGACAACAAACGCUCCCCCCGGCCGCAGGACUUGAUCCGGCUGUACGACAUUAUUCUGCAGAAUCUGGUGGAAUUGCUGCAGCUCCCUGGCUUGGAAGAGGAUAGAACUUUCCAGAAAGAAAUAGGUCUCAAGACCCUGGUAUUCAAAGCUUACAGGUGUUUUUUCAUCGCUCAGUCCUAUGUAUUGGUGAAGAAGUGGAGUGAAGCCCUGGUCCUGUACGAUAGAGUCCUGAAAUACGCCAAUGAAGUCAGUUCCGAUGCUGGAGCCUUCAAGAACAGCCUAAAGGACCUGCCGGAUGUGCAGGAGCUCAUCACUCAAGUGCGCUCCGAGAAGUGCUCGCUGCAGGCCGCGGCCAUCCUGGAUGCCAACGACACCCAUCAAACAGAGACUUCCUCCCAGGUGAAGGACAAUAAGCCACUGGUCGAACGGUUUGAGACUUUCUGCCUGGACCCUUCCCUGGUCACCAAGCAAGCCAACCUCGUGCACUUCCCGCCAGGAUUCCAGCCCAUCCCUUGCAAGCCUUUGUUUUUCGACCUGGCCCUCAACCAUGUGGCCUUCCCCCCGCUGGAGGACAAACUGGAGCAGAAGGCCAAGAGCGGCCUCACGGGGUACAUCAAGGGCAUCUUCGGCUUCCGGAGCUAACCCGGCUCUCCUGUCAUUGUGAGAACCGCCCAGCCCGCCCGUGGCAUUGAGCCCAGGUCUGCACCGGCCAGGGCAGAGCUCAGCACCCUCAGCCCUGCGCCCCUACAUCUUGUGUGUGUGUGCACCUACAUUCUUAACGCACGUGUGGGAAGGGCGCACUGCCAUCUUCUAGGCCCUGUGUCAGGGCCGCCGGUCUCCUGUGCUCUCCGGGCUCCUGUGAGCCGGGAUUGAUUGCCUUUUCUCAGUAACGUGUUCAGGGGUUCCGCAGCAGGCUCGGGGUGGGCCGGGGAAUGUUUUGUCAUGUGUCCUCAGCACCAUGGAUUUGAAACUCAACCCUGCCGUGGGGCCCAGGGCCCCAGAAGUCUGUCCAUGACCGAAACAGCGGCAGCGUUGCCAAGAAUUACUUGCAGCCUUACCCCCUUCACCAGUUUAGAACAAGCAGAGAGCUCUAUUUUUAGAAGAAAUAUGUUACACUCAGAAGUGAUGGAACCAAAUCUUAUAUUAAAAGGCAAAGAUGGUGGAGACUGUGCCAUGUAUUGCUUGUCCUCACGCCCAGGUCUGCUCCGGGCCUGCUCGAGGCUGAGCGAGGCCGCCGUCCAGUGCACACGUGCUCCCGCCCGGGGUUUCAUCCCACCCAGUGCAGCGGCUCCCGCACUGCCGCCCCUCGUCCUCAGUCUGUAUGUUAUGGCAUCCAUAAUAGACGGCACAAAAGCAGUGUAAGAAAGAAGGAAUAAAUGUGAUUUAAACCUGA